AUGGAAGAUGAAGAGGACGAUCUGCUUUCUUCUCCUUUUAGUAGAAAGCCUGUAGCACAUACGAUGAUCGAAAAUGUAUUGUCAGUCUAUCCAGAUGUUGAUCCAAUAGAUAUAGCUAAAGAUUUGGAAAUCACCAGAAGUCCAGUGAAAACUGUUAACAGGAUACUGGAUGGUCAGGUCAGUAUGGUAUUAAAAGGAAAACAAACCGGAAACCGAUCUUAAAAGUUUGAACCAUCGUUUGUAACAUAAAAAUCGUUUAAUUUACUCCAUUGGUAGGAAUUUUCUUUUAGGUAUGAACUGAUAAUGAGUUUUUUCUAUUUUAACUGCUGAUCAGGACUGUACCUGUGCCUACUUUCACAAAUUCGAUUUUUUUUAAAACGUUACUCUGUUUACAAAUCUUUCUUUGUCAUUUCCUUUACAUUUUGUGCGAGCAACUGAAGACAUAGCCGAAUGUCCAAGCGUCAAAUUUGAAAGAAAGAAAUUCAUAAAAUACUGUAUAUUAUUCCAUGAACUGUUUAAUGAGUCUCCAACUAAACACCACAACAGACAGAAGCUUGUUUUGGGACCAGACAGUUUAUUAAAUGUAUAUAUCCUACAUAAAUAACACACUAGACUAUUACAUAAAAGAUAUUUGACAAAUGCUCUAAACCAACGAUCCAGUAAUCACGAAUAAAUUACAAACACAAAUGAGUUUAAGAUACAAUCAAAAGUAUUGAUGAUGUGGGUGGGAGGGAAACUAAAACUUUCUUAAAGCUAGAAAUAAACUUGUUGCUUGCUUACUCGCUAGAUUAUGAAUAACAUGUCCACAGAUGCCUAAGCAGUAAUAUACGAAAGUAAUUUUGCAAUUGAAAUGCGUUAGCGUGGUGAAUGGCCAUUGGCUCUACCCAAGUCUUAUAACUGAUAUGCUGAACAAAUUGCUCCAUUUUAAGGAAAGGGAAAAUACUAAUAGGCACCUUGCCUGUACCCAGUCCAGGCCUCUCAGUCAUUGAUGUCUAGAUUCAUAUUAAUAGAGAUUAAUAUUCACAAUAAAUACCUGUGGAGACUUCUUUGUUUUUCAGUUUCCUGCCGUAAUUACUAUUGAUGUUGAUGAUGAAAGCAAAGCCAAGGAUCAUACCAGAGCAAAUCUGGUUAAUAUAAGGAAUUUUGAGAAAUCAGAGCCAUCUGUUGACAAAGCAAAUGUUUUAGAAAUUAAAGAUGAUUCCAGUGACAUUGAUGCAGAUAGUAAUGAUGAUGAUAUCAUUGUAGCAAUUGAAGAGAGAAAAAGCUUGUUCAGUGCCCUAAGGAGCAGGCUGAAUGAAAAGGAAUCUAGAAAAUGUCCUCAAAAGGGGUCAAAAGCUCUAGAGUCAUCUGUUAGUGCACAGGUUACCUCUUACCAUGUAAAAGGAAAGGCAACGGGAAGGAAAACAAUGGUCAAAUGCAGAAGUUCGAUAAUUGAUCUUUCCUUCUCUGAUGAUAAUGAGCAAGAGGAUAUUCAGGAUGUUUUCACUUUACAUUCACCUGCUGCUAAAACACUAACUACAAACUCAAGCAAUCAAAUGCCACCAAAGGAGAACAGGAAAGCUGCAGAGGAGUACUUCAAGAGAAGUGGAGAAAUAUUUGUAGAUUGCUCUCAAUCUCAUGAUUACAGCUCUGAUAGUGAUGAUCUUCCAUGUGUUCUACCAUCUUUACACACAGAUAAUAGGGGCACCCUGUCUUCUAAAUCACAUUCAAACUCAUGCACAGAUGAUUAUAAAAGUAGGGAUUCUCAGUUUCUAGGAAGCAACUUUGACUCUCAGGAUGAUUCUCAAAUCCCUGUUAAGAAAAAGAAAGGGUCACCACACAAAAUUACAAGAGAGAGAAAUGAAGCUCAUGUAAGUAUCACUAUGUCAUUUGUUAUGUCAGGAACAGUUAUAAGGAGUGUAGACACUAAACUGGGAGAUAAUAUUUAAGCUCCAAUCUCCAUUUUCAACAUCUCAGUUCGACAAAAUCCUGAAUUAUUUUUGCAAUUAUUUUGCAAAUAUACCGUAACAGUUUUUAAAAUAUUUAUAAUUCUUUGCAUUACUAUUCACUUUCAAUUUACAGCUUAAGAAACAAGUAAAAAAACUUGAAAAACAAACAAAGAAAGAAGCAAAGGAAAAAGAACAACAUGCCAGAAAACAAGCCAGGGAACAGUUGAAAAUUCAGAAGGACAGGGACAAACUACUGAAAAUGGUUUGUUAAUGAAAUUUUGGGAUCUGAAAAAUCUUGUCCAUCCAUUUUGGAUACUAGUAAUUUUUGCUCAAGGGGCUCUGUUAUCUACCCUAUGAAGUUGUAUGGUCCCAACACCUACUGUGAAAAAAUCUGGCCAACUGGUUCACCCUAAGAAUGAAAAGUGACGGUGAUUUUCUCCCAACAGUAUCAUGACUGAAUCAAACACUAAGGUCAGGAGGAUUGUAGCGGGUUUAGGUUCUCAAGGUAUAAACAUAUCUGGUCGGAGGUGGAGAUUUACUGACUUCAAGCACUCAUCUUUGUAUCUUAUUGAUUAUCUUUUAUUCUUGGGGUAUGGUACUUGAAAAUGUAAAAAACUGUAAGGUAAUUUGCAGCAUAACAUACUAUUAAGAACAAUUAGAAACUAUACAUAACAUGUGCUAUUGUGAAAUCACUUGUACACAUAGAGCAUACAUGAUAAUACUAUUUUAGAAUUAAAUCACGUGCAAUAACCAUGAUAACAAAUAUAAUCUGAGAACAUGCAAAUAGAAAUUAUGUAAGCAAAAUCAUACCUCUUUUCUUGGGUUAGAAUUCUUAUUAUUUUACUGCCUUAAUCUUGUAGCUUUGAUCUUAAUGGACUGUGUCUGAGGAUAACUAAGCUUCUCUCUAAUUUCAUUGACCUUAUGACACUUAACUCAAAAGGGAAAUUACAUAAUCGACGAUUGUGGAAUCAUAGCUAAUCAUUACAAGGAUGAUAAUUAUGAUCACCAACAUAAGAAGCACCUGAUUGUUCAAUAAAUUCUCUUUGUCAUUACCUUAAGAAAUGUAUAAAGAAUGAAAGAAGAAUGUAGGUACUUAAGUUAAGUGUAAACAUUUAAUGAGGAAGCCUUUGAAUCUUCUGUUUUGCAUUAAGGAGAGGAAAUUAGUAGGAAGAAUGCAAAAAAAUUAUUCCUCUUAAAUUUAUUUUUUGUGGAUUUACAUUAGAUUUUAUGCUAUAUUUAUUGUUUUGUGCUUUAUUUCUUGUUUAGGCAGAUAGAAUGAAUCAGAAAUCAAACAAUCGAUUAGAUGGCUGUAUCAAGGUACUGUAUGGGAAAAAAAUGUUUUACUUGAGUCCCAAAAUGUGUUGCUUCAUACUACUACAUAUGUUCUUUUAAAGGUUAAAUGUUGCAUGUGUAUUUUGUUUCUUUUCAUUUUCAUUUUCAUCCUGUUGAGGUACAGGUGUUGGUAAAUGCCAACUUUUUGUCAUGAUUAAGUGCUUUAUUUAAAAUUCUUUCGAACAGCAAAUAGUGGUUUGCAUUGAUCAUGAAAUAGUGAGCUGUUGUCAGCUUGCUGGGGAAAAUCUUCUCCUUCAAAGAUUAGAAACACUGGAAGCAGGUCAUGAGAUAAAAUCACAGCUAUUUCCCAGCAGUAUUACGUGGCAGAGAGCUUGUGUGCAGCAUGAUGUACAGGAGGGGACACUUCAGGUACUUUUAUAUGUACACAAUUUAGGAUGGGGAAGGCUCAUUUCUAUGUCAGUUCUUCUCCUUGAAAAAUGAAAGGAAAAGAAAGAAAUAGAAAAAAAAUAAUUGAUAAAAGGAUUUGGGAUCACUCUAAGUUCUGUCUCUUGUAUUUUGAUUUUAUCUGCUCUGUUCUGUGGAGUAAUAAGAUUGUAGUUUACAGUGUGCUCAAGAGACAUAAUUUUAAGUGAGUGUUCUUUAGAAAUUGAAAUAUCAAACAAUAAAAAUGGAAUUGACUCAGUAUUCAUUGAAACAGUUCUCUGUCUUAUAGUUUUUUUUUUUGGUGUUUUUUUUUAUCCUUCUUGUCAGAUUUCCAUGAGAACAACUGUCACUGAUGAAAACCAUGCAGUACUUUGUCUGUCAGUAGUGAAGUUUGUGGAAAUGGUUUUACGAUCUUGUGAGGUGAGAUCAAAUGAGGAAACAGGAAUCAGUAUCUGUAAACUUUUAUCCUAUUUAUGAUUGCAGACUGACAAUUUUAUCCUCUUUGUGUUGUGGGGCCUGAAAGCAACAUGAUUGCAGCAAAUCCUUUUUUUUUUGUUUCCAUUGUUUUCAUUUAGGAGAUUCAAAAUCCAGCAGUAUCUGUUAUCUCUGAUGAAGAAACUUUGACUGAAUUCUUUGAAAGAGCCCUGACAAUUUACCCUGGUAAAACCAUCACUUUAAUUGUCAUGGGUCUUGAAAAGUAUUUCAGGUGUGUCUUCUUGAAAUUUAUAAUAAUGUUAACAAUUGACAUCAUCAUCAUUGUUAUUAUCACUACCAACAUUAACAUUACCGUAAUAAAUAAUAACAAUAAGAAUAAAAGUAAGAAUAAUAAAAUUAUACCUUUUACAAAGUGCACUUCCAGUAGGUGCCCAUGGUACCUUGCAGUGUUAAUAGUAAAGAGCACCUUUCUUGGAUUUUUUUUUCUUUAUGGGCUGCAUCAAGGAAGAUUUCACAAGGCUAAAAGUAAAUUGUCACUCUUGUUUCUUUGAUUUCUCUAAAGAGAUGUUAAACUCGCUCAAAAACACCAGUUUCGAAAAGCUGUUCUUGGGAAAAGCUCCUCAGAUAAUGAUAAUUCCAGCAGUAAGCGACGAAAGAAAAUAAACAAAGAAUCUGUACCCAGUGUUAUGGUGUCAAGGGUUGAUGUAGAAGAAGUUCUUGUGGACUUACAAAUAAAACAGCCUGACUGCCGAAUACGCAUGUGUGAAACUGAAGAGGAGUUUGCUGAUCUGUUGGCUAUGUUAACUAAAGCUGUUGCUGAAGCACCGUUUAAGUAAGAUCACGUCUGCAUUGAUUCCUUGUGUCUAUUGCCACAUGUUCUGUUAGAGGUUAAGAAUUAAAAUCACAUUUUGCAUUAAUAGGAAAAAACAACCGGAAGUAUUUUCUUUCUGUGUGGAAGGACAGAAAAGAUCUGUGAAGGUACACUUUGAAGCUCAUUGUCAUCAAUAAAUACUCUCCACUUUGUCUCAGCACAUGUUUCAUGAUUUUACAGGGGGGGGAUUAGUACGCAGUUGGGAUUAUCAUAGGGAGUGAAGGGUGGAGCAAGUAGAUAUAAUGCUUCUAUGCUCUGUAUUGAGGAAGAUGCGCUGUCCUUGUGGUUGGUGCGCUGUACUCCAUAUGAAAACGUCUUGUUUGAGCCCAGGCAGGAAUAUUAUGUUGUGUUCUUGGGUAAAAUAUGUAACUUGAACAGUGCUCCUCUCCACUCAGGAGAAUCUUGAAAAAUAGUGUGGGUUGAGAUGGUGAGGGAGAGGGGGGGAGUAAGCUGUUAUGCACUAAAAUAUUUGAUGGGUCAACUAAACUUGGGCCAUUUUAGGCCGAGAAGAUGUCACCGGAACAUUCCCGUCAUUGCUAUCUGUCAACCGUUUUCAUCAAUUUUCCUUGAAUCUCACGUCUUUCAAAUUCUCCACUAUCUCUCAAUUGUAGCUGUUUGCCAAGAGGUUGUUCCUUUCUGCAGGUGUCAAAAGACGGUGAGGGUUUGAAGAAAGUCUGGCAGAAACAUUUUCAACAGUUGAGAAAUGUUUCAGCGGAGAUGGCGGCCGCCAUUACAAACGUUUACCCAUCUCCACAGAGUCUCAUCAAGGUACUGCAUCUUGUUGUUUUACCUUUUUUAAUGACUUUUCUUUGUAAAUGCUGUCAUCUCACCUACAUCAAGUGUUUUCGCACUCUAACAGUCGUAGAUCUUGUGAACUUACUUAAUUUUUAGUUGCUAUUGAUAUAAUAUUCUUUCACGUAAGAAAUACUGAAUCUUAAUAAUGAACGUAAUGAUAUAUUUUUUAAGGCCUAUCAAGGUUGUAGCAGUAGAGAGGAAGCUUCUAAACUUCUUCAAGACAUCUUGGUAAGCUCUCAGAAAUUAGAAAAUAUUUCGCUCUCCGGUUUGCUUUGAUAGUAAAAUUGAAAUUUCUCACGGGUUUCAUGAUAACUUUAUUUGUACAUCAAUCAAAGCUUGUGUUCUGUCCAAAAUACUCCCCAUCCCUAAUUGCAAUGAUCCCUUGCUUUCCACGCACAGUUAGACUUAUGUAUUUUUUCUUUUUCAGGUCCGUCGUGGCGCCGGAGUACUGGCAAGUAGUCGAAGAAUUGGACCCGAACUUUCCCGACGGGUGUACCUCCUUUUUUCAACUGACGAUGGCGACCUAUCCUUGAAAUAACAGCCCUUUUUCCCGGGCAGUCGACGCCAUAGUUUUGAAGUGUCUGAGUGCGAAGUGUCUUUGGGAUUAGUUUCGUAUUCCAAAGAUUACGAAUUAUUAUUUAUUUUCAAAUCUACCUUACUGUUGGGCUGAGCGGGGAAAAUUUCGUUUUUCUGUAAAAGCUUGUACGAAUAAUUCUACACCGAUGCCCAGGGGUAUGUUAAGCGCAUCUGAUUGGCUGUUACUUUCGCAUGGAGAAAUUCAAGAAAACAAACAGCCAAUCUCAGUGGGCGCACAAUAGAGCUAAAUGAUUGUCCCAUUAAAUUUUGCCUCUUUCAAACUUAUUUCCCUGGAGCUCAGAUGUCGCAGAAAGACGUUUUUUUCCCAGAAUGAUGUUCCUACCUUUCUCCUGAAGACGACAGACCUCAAAAUAUGACGACAAUUUAAACCAUAGAUAAUUGUUCUAGUGUUUAUUAAUACAGCAUUCAGACAUACUCUUGGAUUGCUCAAUUUGGUUUGCUGCGAUGUUUUUCCCCUCUUGACAACGGAGGCUAAUAAAGUAAUUUUACCAUUUCAUGAACAACCUAGCUAUUCAGGUCCAUGUACACAAAAGGCUUUCACUGCUUAUUAGUGUUAAUAUUUAUUGACUUCAUAUACGAAUCGUUUGGUCUCGGUUAGUCCUGAUGCAACAUAUUUACAUCUAUGAAAUAGCGGAUACACAAAUCACACACUGACUUUUCAAAAAAAAAAAGCUGUUUUAUAAAAUCACGUGACUGUACUUUCUAUUGAUUCACCGUCGUAAAACCCACUUAGUAUGAUUGUUAUAUAAAAUAUAAAAUAUAAAAUCGGAAGAAAUAAAUCAGAAUGUUGUGAAGUAACGACUUCGGUUAUGGUCUCCACUAAAUAGGAGCCUUCGGGGGGCAUGGGAGAAAAAAUUCGAAAAAUCUCUCGCCUUCGGCUCUGAAUUCAUAAAACGUUCUUAUUUAUCAGCACCUCACGUGGG